AUGGCUGGUUGGUUGGGUCGAGAACAGCUACGUUCUCCAGGGAAGGGGGAUGGAACCCUGCCCAGCAUCGGCCAGUCGGCUGUGGAGAGCCGACACGGCGGCAGAACCUCCACCAGACCAGAGCGGCGUCCGGCUACUGGGGUGGAAGAAGACGAUGAGGAAGACGGUUAUUAUGAGGAAGAUGGUUAUUAUGAGGAAGAUGGUUAUUAUGAGGAAGACGGUUAUUAUGAGGAAGACGAUGAGGAAGACGGUUAUUAUGAGGAAGAUGGUUAUUAUGAGGAAGAUGGUUAUUAUGAGGAAGACGGUUAUUAUGAGGAAGACGAUGAGGAAGAUGGUUAUUAUGAGGAAGAUGGUUAUUAUGAGGAAGAUGGUUAUUAUGAGGAAGAUGGUUAUUAUGAGGAAGACGGUUAUUAUGAGGAAGACGGUUAUUAUGAGGAAGACGGUUAUUAUGAGGAAGACGGUUAUUAUGAGGAAGAUGAUGAGGAAGACGGUUAUUAUGAGGAAGAUGGUUAUUAUGAGGAAGACGGUUAUUAUGAGGAAGACGAUGAGGAAGACGGUUAUUAUGAGGAAGACGGUUAUUAUGAGGAAGACGAUGAGGAAGACGGUUAUUAUGAGGAAGAUGGUUAUUAUGAGGAAGACGGUUAUUAUGAGGAAGACUAUGAGGAAGACGGUUAUUAUGAGGAAGACGGUUAUUAUGAGGAAGACGGUUAUUAUGAGGAAGACGGUUAUUAUGAGGAAGAUGGUUAUUAUGAGGAAGAUGGUUAUUAUGAGGAAGAUGGUUAUUAUGAGGAAGAUGAUGAGGAAGACGGUUAUUAUGAGGAAGACGGUUAUUAUGAGGAAGAUGGUUAUUAUGAGGAAGACGGUUAUUAUGAGGAAGACGGUUAUUAUGAGGAAGACGGUUAUUAUGAGGAAGAUGAUGAGGAAGAUGGUUAUUAUGAGGAAGAUGGUUGUUAUGAGGAAGACGGUUAUUAUGAGGAAGAUGAUGAGGAAGAUGGUUAUUAUGAGGAAGAUGAUGAGGAAGACGGUUAUUAUGAGGAAGACGAUGAGGAAGAUGGUUAUUAUGAGGAAGAUGGUUAUUAUGAGGAAGAUGAUGAGGAAGACGGUUAUUAUGAGGAAGACGGUUAUUAUGAGGAAGAUGGUUAUUAUGAGGAAGAUGGUUAUUAUGAGGAAGAUGGUUAUUAUGAGGAAGAUGAUGAGGAAGACGGUUAUUAUGAGGAAGACGGUUAUUAUGAGGAAGAUGGUUAUUAUGAGGAAGACGGUUAUUAUGAGGAAGAUGGUUAUUAUGAGGAAGAUGAUGAGGAAGAUGGUUAUUAUGAGGAAGAUGGUUAUUAUGAGGAAGAUGGUUAUUAUGAGGAAGAUGAUGAGGAAGAUGGUUAUUAUGAGGAAGAUGAUGAGGAAGAUGGUUAUUAUGAGGAAGAUGAUGAGGAAGAUGGUUAUUAUGAGAAAGACGGUUAUUAUGAGGAAGACAAAAUCUGA